AUUGCCAUGGGUGAGUUUCUUCCCAUUAUGGCGGAAGGACCAAUCGUGCGAAUGGAUUGUCUACCCGACUCAAAUGCAUGUUCUAUGUCUUGAAGGAAGUAUUUUGCGCUAGAGGUUGCGGUAUACUAAUAGAACAGACGUUUAUUUGAUUUCCCAAGUCAUGGCAGACCAGGGUGUGGAUUUGUCGGGGUUACCAAAGGAGGUUCGAGACCAUUUGGCGGAGUUGGAUUUGGAGCUAUCUGAAGGUGACAUCACACAGAAGGGCUAUGAGAAGAAACGAGCCAAGCUUCUGGCCCCAUACGUCCCCCAGAUGUCCCCUGGUGUGGAGCUGUCGCUGCCUGACGUGCAGUUGUCCCCGGGCCACAGUGCAGACCCCAGCCCCGAGGGUCCCGAGGGCCCCGGGCCCUCCACCUCCUCCGCCAGCCGCCACCACCGCUCACACCGCAGUGGAGGGGCCCGCGACGACCGCUACAGAUCAGACAUCCACACAGAGGCGGUGCAGGCGGCGCUGGCCAAGCACAAGGAGGAGAAGAUGGCGCUGCCCAUGCCCACCAAGAGGCGCUCGGCCUUCGUCCAGUCCCCCGUGGACAACGGUACCCCUCCAGACACCUCGUCUGCCUCGGAGGACGAGGGCUCCCUGCGGAGGCAGGCCUCCCUGAGCGCAGCGCUGGCCCAGAGCCUCCAGAGCCCCGACUACUGGAUCAACCGCUCGGUCCAGAGCUCCUCCACCUCCUCCUCCGCCUCCUCCACCCUCUCCCACGGGGAGGCCAAGACCCAGCCUCAGACCCAGCCUCCAACCACCUCCGCCCUGGCUGACAUACUGGCCAUCACGCGCAUAGAGAGCGUUCCCCCGGACGUGACCUCCUCCACCCCCCAGGAGAGGGGCUCCCGCCUCGACCUGCCCCCCAGCACCGCCGCCGUCAGGGGCAUGAGUCGAGGACAGAGCCGCUGCAGCAUGCUGGACACCGCCGACGGACACAGAAAAGGCGUACCGGUGAACAGCAGGGUGUCCACCAAGAUCCAGCAGCUCCUCAACACACUGAAACGGCCCAAGAGACCCCCGCUGAGUGAGUUCUUCCUGGACGACUCGGAGGAGAUCGUUGAGGUGCCCCAGCCAGACCCCAACACCCCCCGGCCGGAGGGCCGUCAGAUCAUCCCGGUGAAGGGGGAGCCCCUGGGCGUGGUCAGCAACUGGCCCCCGGCCCUGCAGGCCGCCCUGGCCCGCUGGGGGGCCACCCAGGCCAAGAGCCCCGCCCUCACCGCCCUGGACAUCACGGGGAAGCCCCUCUACACGCUCACAUACGGUAAACUGUGGAGCCGCAGUCUGAAGCUGGCCUACACCCUGCUCAACAAGCUGGGCACCAAGAGCGAGCCGGUGCUGAAGCCUGGGGACCGGGUGGCGCUGGUGUACCCCAACAGCGACCCGGCGAUGUUCUGGGUGGCCUUCUACGGCUGCCUGCUGGCCGAGGUCAUCCCUGUGCCCAUCGAGGUGCCCCUGUCACGCCAAGACGCAGGCAGCCAGCAGAUAGGCUUCCUGCUGGGCAGCUGUGGGGUGAGCCUGGCCCUGACCAGCGAGCUGUGUCUCAAGGGGCUGCCCAAGACGCCCAACGGAGAGAUCGUCCAGUUCAAAGGCUGGCCCAGGAUGAAGUGGGUGGUGACCGACACCAAGUACCUGACCAAGCCCUCCAAAGACUGGCAACCCCACAUCCCCACUGCCAACACAGACACAGCCUAUAUAGAGUACAAGGCCAGUAAGGAAGGUACAGUGAUGGGAGUGGCUGUGUCUAAGAUCUCCCUGCUGACCCACUGUCAGGCCCUGACCCAGGCCUGCAACUACUGUGAAGGAGAGACGUUGGUCAACGUGCUGGACUGUAAGAAGGACAUGGGCUUGUGGCACGGCGUUCUAACGAGUGUCAUGAACAGAAUCCACACCAUCACGGUUCCCUAUGCAGUCAUGAAGGCCUGUCCAAUGUCCUGGGUGCAGAGAGUCCACAUGCACAAAGCACGCGUUGCCUUAGUGAAGUGUCGGGAUCUUCACUGGGCCAUGAUGGCCCACAGGGACCAAAGGGACACCAACCUGUCCUCCAUACGCAUGCUCAUAGUGGCAGACGGAGCCAACCCCUGGUCGGUGUCGUCCUGCGACGCCUUCCUCAACGUGUUCCAGUCCCACGGCCUGAAGCCUGAGGUCAUCUGCCCCUGUGCCUCGUCCCCCGAGGCCCUUACUGUGGCCAUACGCAGGCCCGGUGCCCGCGGUGCCCCCCUCCCAGCCAGGGCCAUCCUCUCCAUGGGGGGCCUGAGCCACGGGGUGAUCAGGGUCAACACGGAGGACAAGAACUCUGCCCUCACCGUGCAGGACGUGGGCCACGUCAUGCCUGGAGCUCUGAUGUGUAUAGUGAAGCCUGACGGGCCUCCUCAGCUGUGUAAGACGGAUGAGAUUGGAGAGAUCGUCCUCAACUCUCGCGCCGGAGGCACCAUGUACUACGGCCUCCCUGGAGUCACCAAGAACACCUUCGAGGUCAUACCAGUGAACCAGGCUGGAGCUCCUAUAGGAGAGAUCCCCUUCACCCGCACUGGGCUGCUCGGCUUCGUCGGGCCAGGCAGCCUGGUGUUUGUGGUGGGGAAGAACGAAGGCCUGCUGACCGUGAGCGGACGACGGCACAACGCUGACGACCUGGUGGCCACCGCACUGGCUGUGGAGCCCGUCAAAACAGUCUACAGGGGCAGGAUCGCCGUGUUCUCCGUGACGGUGUUCUACGAUGAGAGGAUCGUGAUCGUGGCCGAGCAGAGACCAGACGCCAGCGAGGAGGACAGCUUCCAGUGGAUGAGCAGAGUCCUGCAGGCCAUAGACAGCAUCCACCAGGUGGGGCUGUACUGCCUGGCUCUGGUACCUGCCAACACGCUGCCCAAGACGCCCUUGGGAGGGAUCCACAUCUCAGAGACCAAGCAGAACUUCCUGGAGGGCAACCUGCACCCCUGCAACAUCCUGCUGUGCCCCCACACCUGCGUCACCAACCUGCCCAAGCCCCGGCAGAAACAGCCAGUGGGGGUGGGGCCUGCGUCCAUCAUGGUGGGGAACCUGGUGGCAGGGAAGAGGAUCGCCCAGGCGACCGGCCGGGAGCUGGGCGUGGUGGAGGACGAGGGCCUGGUCAGGAAGCUCGCCAUGUGGCCCACUGUGAUGCACCAGUUCUUGUCUGAGGCCUUACAGUGGAGAGCCCAGACUGACCCAGACCACGUUCUGUACGUGCUGCUCAACGCCAAGGGGGUGGCAGUGUGCACAGCCACCUGUGUCCAGCUGCACAAGCGCGCAGAGAAGAUCACCUCAGCCCUGCUGGAGAGAGGAGGCCUCAACACCGGAGACAACGUGGUGCUGCUCUAUCCUCCAGGGAUCGACCUGAUUGCGGCCUUCUACGGCUGUCUCUACGCCGGAGUCAUCCCCGUGACCGUGCGCCCCCCCCACCCCCAAAACCUGGCCGCCACCCUCCCCACUGUCCGGAUGAUCAUAGACGUGAGCAAGGCGGCAUGCAUCCUCACCACCCAGCCCCUCAUGAGAACCCUCAGGUCCAGAGAGGCCGCCGCCAGCGUCAACAUCAAGACCUGGCCCACCAUCAUAGACACUGAUGACCUCCCCAGGAGACGGCCCCCCCAGCUCUACAAGCCCCCCACAGCGGAGAUGCUGGCCUACCUGGACUUCAGCGUGUCCACCACGGGCAUGCUCACUGGGGUCAAGAUGUCCCAUGCUGCCACCAGUACUCUGUGUCGCUCCAUCAAGCUGCAGUGCGAGCUGUACUCGUCCCGUCAAAUAGCCAUCUGCCUGGACCCCUACUGUGGCCUGGGCUUCGUACUGUGGUGCCUCUCCAGUGUGUACUCUGGCCACCAGUCCAUCCUGAUCCCCCCUCUGGAGCUGGAGGGCGCCCUGCCCCUGUGGCUGAGCACGCUCAGUCAGUACAAGAUCAGGGACACCUUCUGCUCCUACUCUGUCAUGGAGCUCUGCACCAAGGGCCUGGGCAUGCAGACGGAGAUCCUGAAGGCGCGGGGGGUGAACCUGUCGUGUGUGAGGAGCUGCGUGGUGAUAGCAGAGGAGCGCCCUCGCCUCACCCUCACCCAGUCCUUCUCCAAGCUCUUCAAAGACCUGGGCCUGUCGCCCCGCGCCGUCAGCACCGCCUUCGGCUCCAGGGUCAACCUGGCCAUCUGCCUGCAGGGUACUUCUGGACCAGACCCUUCCACAGUCUACGUGGAUAUGAAGUCCCUCCGCCAUGACAGAGUGAGGCUGGUGGAGAGGGGAGCCCCUCAGAGUCUUCCACUCAUGGAGUCAGGAACAAUUCUCCCAGGGGUGAGGGUGAUUAUUGUCAACCCAGAGACCAGGGGUCCAUUGGGAGACUCCCAUCUCGGGGAGAUCUGGGUGAACAGCCCUCACAGCGCCAGCGGCUACUACACCAUCUACGGCGAGGAGAGCCUGCAGGCGGACCACUUCAACACCCGGCUGAGCUUCGGGGAGCCCCAGACCCUGUGGGCCCGCACCGGGUACCUGGGCUUUGUCAAGAGGACCGAGCUGCUGGACGCCAGCGGAGACCGGCACGACGCCCUGUUCGUGGUGGGCUACCUGGACGAGACCCUGGAGCUCCGGGGCCUGAGGUACCACCCCAUCGACAUCGAGACGUCCGUCUCCCGGGCUCACCGCAGCAUCGCCGAGAGCGCCGUGUUCACCUGGACCAACCUGCUGGUGGUGGUGGCGGAGCUGGCGGGCUCGGAGCAGGAGGCCCUGGACCUGGUGCCCCUGGUGACCAACGUGGUGCUGGAGGAGCACCACCUCAUCGUGGGGGUAGUGGUGGUGGUGGACCCCGGGGUCAUCCCCAUCAACUCCCGCGGGGAGAAGCAGCGCAUGCACCUGAGGGACUCUUUCCUGGCCGACCAGCUGGAUCCCAUCUACGUGGCCUACAACAUGUGAAGACCCCUUCCUGGCUAGCGCUCGCGUUCACACACACACACGCGCGCGCGUAUGUAUGUAUACACACACACUGUCUUGAAUCUGGAGACUUGGUGACCUCGGAAAGAGGGGGAAAGGACUGGAGUGGGGGGGGGGGGGGGGGGGUUGGACUGAUGCAACCCUUCUGAAGAAGAGGUGACACACAGACAGUGGACAAUGCUUCUCCCCACUCCCUGCAGCCCUCUCUCUCCCUGGCUCUGGGCUGGGUGUGUCCAAAGGUGUGUUACCCAAGUGAGGCAGUGGGAGAAUACUGUGGUUGACCCGGGCUAAGCCUCUUAACUGUUGCUCCACUUCCUGACCGGCUCUGAGGAAAAAACGUCCGGCAGAGGAUGAGGCCGGCGGCCCCCCUUCUUCUUGACGGUGGCGUUCCGCCGAGAAGAAGACCACCUCCCUCCCAACUGUCCCUCCCCCGCUCGUCCUCUCCUCCUCUCCCCGACCGCACCUUGCACCGGACGUGACAGAUGUCGUUUUGGAAAAUGACCACAGAGAAGACUCUUAUCUCCUGGACUCCAUCCAUUCCCAUUCCUGUGAGUCUUUUUUGGUUCCGAAUUGAGUUUUUGACCUUUUUUGUUUGUCGUUUUAUCAGGUAGGCAGGGGGUUGGGCAACACUGGAGGCACUGAGAGGAGCUCCGAGGCCUCCCUCCCUCCCCGUGCACUUUAACCCUCUGUCCUCCUCCGUGGAGGAAGGACCACACCUUCAGACUCUCCAACAGUGUUACCGUGCCCUCGCCCCGGCCUCACCGCGACCCCUGCAGCCACGCCCGCACACCCGCCUGUGGUCUUCCCUGCUGACGUUAGAACACGGCCGGCUCCCCAGAGACUCUCUGUGCCGGUCACAGCCAUACCCUCCCAGACACAGGGCAGAAAUGGCUUCCUGAAUGAUUUCAAACGAAAAUGUGGUUAUGAGUCAUGAACCGACUAAUUCUUUAUUAACUAGUUCUUUGGAUGAAAAGUGUUGAAGGUCAGCUAUUAAAACCAAUUUUGCUUUUCCUAGUUCCCCACAGUGCAGCAAUGGGUAUCAUCUCUCACUCAAUAGACUGGACUUUACAUUUGGAUAUUUUAGAAGGCAAACCAGUGCCUUUUCUUUAGCAUGAAGCACAGUGUGGUCUUAAAUAAUGGAUUUGGUGUGUUACCAAGAAAAAAAGAAAAGUGCAGUAGGUAUAGAAAUGAGGACAAGUGUUUGCCUUAGGAAACCUGUGGAACUUCUAUACCUUUGUCUUUCAUUUUAUCGCUGUGCUUAAAUUAUAGCAAAAGGGAGGCUGGAUGGAUGGUAAGGAUGAUAUGUUGACUGUAUGGGUUGUAUUUUAGAGGUCAAAUACUGUAUUACUGGUGUUCAUGUGCACAUUGAAACUUAUGUUGAUAAAACUUGACUGAUCUUUCAUACUUGACAGCAAAUUUCUGCACCACUGACUUAUUCGUAAGUAACACAUUGCAAAAUUUGAGGACAUUUAUCAAAAGGUUUUGGCAGGUGGUUAACAAUUUGCACUUUCCCAUAUCACAUAACUUUUUGCCAGAAGCGUGAAAGUGAGCGUGCGUGAGCUCGUGUGUGUGUGCCUGUUUAAAAGUGCAUUGUUUGCCUUUCCUAGAGCAAAAGAAAAAAAGUCGCUCAACAAUGUUUUUGUUUUAUGCCAGUAUUUUUGUUGUCUGGCCUAUUUUAUGUCGACUCCACUGUACUGCAAUUUUUAUUCACUUUGUCAAAGUUGUUUUUAAAUGAUUUUAAGGUAAUUUACUUCCAAUAUAUUAUGUUCUUUUACUCAGACUACUAUUUAGCUAUCGUUAACAAGAUGCCACAACUCAAAUCUGCAAAUGUUUGACACAGAGGUAGUUGAACUACUUGAAUCACAGUCAUUGUAAUUUAUACAAGCCCAUAUUUUUGAAUGAUGUUCAGUUAAAUGAGUUACAAAUAAAUGUUUCAACUUUUUGGGCUAGUCUGUGGUAUUUGGCUUCUUCCAACUGUACAUUAAUACCAUCAAAUUUAUGAGUAUUGUAGAUAAUUUCCCUUGUAUUCAAUAACAAUUGGUGCUAUAGCUUGAAAUGGGCUAAUAUUAACUAUAAUUUGCUUCAAAGUGUAUGUGGGUACAAGAGGAAUGGAUACUAUUUGUAAUAUCUGUUAAAAAUGUUACAACUGUGAAUCCUACUUCUGGUAGCUCUCUGUGAAGAUACUGAAUCAUAACAGUUCAUUCAUGCAAAUCAUUGAUAGCCUUCAUAUCAUUUGAAACAAACAACUUUCAGUUGUGCAUAAAUGUGCUAAAACUGAUGUGAAUGUUCAAUAUUGUAACAGUUCUAUCAUGUACAAAACGACAUGAGAAGUAGGAGUUACCAUUUCUAAUUUGUCCACUGUGUAAAUUGUACUGUUGAGUAAAAAAAAUAUAAAUAAUGCAAAACUGGAGCGAUCCAGCUGCAGCCACUCAGCCAAGCGUCUCACUAAGAACAGAGGGGCCCUAACACGUGCCCUAGAAUCACACUAACACUAGCGCCAACUCACACACCGCUUCUUCUACACCGACUGUACCUUUUAUUCUUAAUGAGUUUUUGCAUCAUAACUGAGCAUGAUGAACAGAAGUUAUUAUUUUCUUUUUUUUUUUACAUUUUUGCGAGUGACUGGCUUUCAUUAGUGGGAGGAUUGAUUUAGUUAGUGAGAGCAUUGGCUGUGUGAGUGGAGCUCGAUACCAUUGCAAAACUGGGGAGUUGACUUAAAAGCACAAUAUUGUAUCUGUAAGGUUCAAAGAAUAUGAACCUUUCCGAUGUUUCUUUUCAAUUCUCAAGGGCCAGAAAUACAUACCUCAACAAAGUCUGCUCACUAUGCAUAGAAAAAGCUGCAUUCAAUUUGAUUUCAAUAUAUGGUGCAAUACCUUCCAACUCAGAAAAGGCAUAUGGAGGAGUAUGUCUUAUUUGACAAAAUAAUGUCAUGUCACUGUAUGUUUCAUGUGAACAAUAAAAACAGGCUUUUUGUG